AUGGCCGUGCCUAAAGAGAACGAAGAAAUCCGAUACUUGGACGUGGUAUCCUUGUAUCCAUACAUUUGCAAAUAUGGUCGGUUCCCUAUCAACGAACCCGAGAUCGUCGUUUCACCAGAUCAACAGAACUGGCAACAGUACGAGGGAUUGAUACAAUGUAAAGUCGUACCACCGAGACGACUCUACCACCCCGUUCUGCCUUUCAGAUGGAACAACAAAACCACGUUUCCACUGUGUCGUUCCUGUAUUAUGGAGAAUAUGCAGGAGUCUGAGAUUAGCGAAUACGUGCCUUGUGCCCAUUCCGACGACGAAAGAGCCUUGGUCGGCACCUACGUGUCCCUCGAACUCAAGAAAGCCGCUUCUCUGGGAUAUAAAGUCAUUCAAGUCUUCGAAGUGUGGCAUUGGGCCGAAGAAAAAUGGAGUCAGUACGACACUCAGACCAAAACGGGAGGGUUGUUCACGGGAUACAUUGACCACUACUUAAAAACUAAAAUGGAAAGUAGUGGUUACCCUUCGGAAUGUCGCACUGACCAAGAAAAAGCCCAAUUUAUUGCAGACGUCUACCAAAAAGAAGGCAUUAGUCUCGAUCCUGCUAAAGUGAUCUACAACAACGGAAUGCGAAGUUGCAGUCUUCGAGUUUUCCAACAGAUAACAGAUAAUCUAACCAAACCAAACCAAACCAACCACUACCAUUCGACUACCAAUCAACAAGAAAUACCAUGA